UAAAAUGUUAAAUGUGUUUACGUUUACAAUAUUUUAUUAAUUAUAUGAAAAUUGUUUAUUUUAUUUCAUAGUAAAAUGUUGCACGAGGAUUCAAAUGGCGAAUCUUCUUUUGAAAUUAUUGACAAGAAAAAUCAUUUAACCACUAAUACUGAAAAAACGGAUUCAUUAAGCACUUUAAGCAGUGUCUCCUCGGCAUAUUCAAUACCUUCACCCAGUCUUGUGAAUCAACCAAGUGGAAACUUACUAUCUAAUAUUGGUCCACCAUCGUCAAUUCCAGAUUUUACAUUGUGGUCAUCACCAACUCCAACAGCAGUUACCUCCAGUAUUGUACCACCCGUUACUACCCAGACAUUGCCCACACAACCUCACUCUGAAUUAGUAAUGUCACCACCACCACCCAGUUCUAGUAUAAAUACUUUACCCUUAGGUGUAGAACAAUUUCCAAGCACAAAAUUCAGUGCUGCUAUUCCACCCAGCAAGGGUAUCCCGCAUGGUACCACAGAACAACCGAGAAUUACCCAAAAUGAAAGUACAUCAGGAGGAUUUAUGGGGCUCUUUAAAGAAGCAUUUUCGAGUGGUGGAGUCUUAUCUAAGGUUGCAGAAAAAGCUAAAAGCUCUGUCGAUUCAAUAAUCACUACACUGGAUCCACAAAUGAGUGAAUAUAUAUAUUCAGGAGGUGAUACAGAAAUUACAGUAACAUCAGAAGUUGACGAUGAAGUCGGUGCAUUAAGAGAAGCAUUUCAUUGUGUCUUUGGAAAAGCUUGGGUGAAUGGAAUCAAAUUGAAUCUGCCCCCAAAAAAAUCCCUACCUGUUGGGUUUGAAGUAGGUAUCAAAGAUGCCGAAGAGAAGAUCACUUACUCCUGGAAGUAUCGAAAGACUCCUACGAUAGCUGUAGAAGAUAUCUUGUUCCAACAAGGAGACAAGUGGUACGGCUUGAGUUUAUUGAUUCUUAAGGACAACGAAAAACAGAUUAAUAUACAAACUUUUAGUCAAGCCACGCCUAUUCCAGUUAAUGAAAUUCUGAAGGAAAUUAAUGCGAGCAGACCAGAUUUAGCUUCUUUGACAACUGAAGAGAAAUUAUCAACUUACCUGCAGACAAAACCAGAUUGGCAGGCAAGCAUAUCUGGAGUUGCAAGAAAAGAGGUUAUUUUGCUAGCAGGGAAGACCCUUGUGAGGAUAUUCAAAAAUCAGUUGACCUCACUUAAAUAAGGUUGUAUCUUCUUUAGGUAUAGUAUAAACAAAAACUGGGUUCUUAAAAUAAUGAGAAAUCUAUUACCUAUAAGUCAGAUUGAAACUUAUUUUAUUAAAGCAUGUAAUAUGUAAGCAUGUACAGCAUGACCAAAUGUAUACAUUUGGCCAUUUAUAAAUGAAUUGUUGCAAGAUUCAAAAAGGAAAAAUUCAUAUUAAAUUAAUACAUUAUACCAUGCAUCAUAUUUUAAGUUUAAUUUUAAUAAGACAAAUAUUUUUUUACAAUUCAUACCAAUGCGAACCCAGGUAAUUUCCAGUUAUUUUUAAUUUUUCCACAAACAGUACUUUUUGUACUUAAUUAUGUAUAUUAAAGCUUUUUAAAUUCAUUUAUAAG